CCCACCACCUCAUCACCAUUCUUAACCGAGAAGCAUACAUAGCUCAGCUCGCUUCCACGCAAGAUCAAAAGGCUGGUGGACUCCUGCUGCUGGAAGCUAGCAAGAAGCGAGUCCGAAUAAUCGACGAGAGAUCUAGAUAGAGAAGAGCAGUCAAGGAGAAGGAGAUCGAUCGAUGGAGGCGGCGCGAGGUGGAGGAAUGCGGCUGCGGCUGCGGGCUGCGGUCCUGUCCGUGGCGGUGAUGGCGAUGGCCAUGGCCAUGGCGACGAGGUCGCAGGCGCAGCUGCAGGUUGGGUUCUACGACACGCUGUGCCCGGCGGCGGAGAUCAUCGUGCAGGAGGAGGUCAGCAAGGUGGUGUCGGCGAACCCCGGCAUGGCCGCCGGCCUCGUCCGCCUCCACUUCCACGACUGCUUCGUCCGGGGGUGCGACGCGUCCGUGCUGCUGGACUCGACGGCGGGCAACCAGGCGGAGAAGGACGCGCCCCCGAACACGAGCCUCCGCGGCUUCGACGUCAUCGACAAGGCCAAGGCGCGGCUCGAGCAGGCCUGCUUCGGCGUCGUCUCCUGCGCCGACGUCCUCGCCUUCGCCGCCCGGGAUGCCCUCGCGCUGGUGGGAGGGAACUCGUACCAGGUGCCGGCGGGGAGACGAGACGGGAACCUUUCGGUGGCGCAGGAGACGAACGGCAACCUGCCGCCGCCGUCGGCGAACGUGGCGAGGCUGAACCAGAUGUUCGGCGCCAAGGGGCUGACGCAGGCGGACAUGGUGGCGCUCUCCGGGGCGCACACCAUCGGGGUGUCGCACUGCAGCUCCUUCAGCAACCGGCUCUACUCCUCCGGCCCCAACGCCGGCCAGGACCCCAGCAUGGACCCCAGCUACGUGGCGGCGCUGACGCAGCAGUGCCCGCAGCAGCAGCAGGGGCCGUCGGGGAUGGUGCCCCUGGACGCCGUCACUCCCAACGCGUUCGACACCAACUACUACGCCGCCAUCGUCGCCAACCGCGGCCUGCUCAGUUCCGACCAGGCCCUCCUCGCCGACCAGACCACCGCCUCGCAGGUCGUCGGCUACACCAAUAACCCGGACUCGUUCCAGGCUGACUUCGCCGCCGCCAUGGUCAAGAUGGGCUCCAUCGGCGUGCUCACCGGCAACGCCGGCAGCAUCAGGUCGAACUGCAGGGUGGCCAGCUGAUCAUCGACGACGACGACACACCCCGUUCCAUAAGCAUGUAUAGCAACACGCGCGGCAGGCUCCGGUGAGUUGGGGUCGUGAUUCGUGAUGAUUAAAUUGAAACUGUAUGUACGAUUCGAUGAUGAUGAAGUAGCUUGCUAGCUAGAGUACUUGUUUGUAAAAGAACCUUAUUCUUUGCUCUGUAUUUGCGUGCUAGCUAGCUUAAUUAGCUCGCUCGUGCGUCCUUCUCCUCUCCUCUCCCUAACAGAUUUUCCUUUCUACUCUAUGUAUUUCUCCGUGAUAAUUAUAGUGACAUCAUAGUUUUAUUGUUC